GUUAAUCAUUCUCCGUUAAGAUUCUUUCCUCUUUCCACUCUCGUUCUUAUCUUCUUCCCAAACCCACAACCACUCCUUAUUAUAAAUCAGGUACUAACUCUUUCUCCUUCUCCCCUCAUCCCAAUACCCCUUUAUUUUUUUCGUUUUUUUUUUAUGGAAAAAAAUAUUGUAGCAAUUUCGUCGUAGAAACAAAAUUCCCCUAUUUUCGGCACGCCGUUGUUGAAUUUCCAAUCUGUGAUUUUUUUUCUUCUUCUAUUUAUACGUGAUAAUUCCAAAAAGCCUAACGCGAGAGAUUCAUCAGCUUUUCAAUUAUUCCUCGAAUUAUUUUGAAGGAAUCAUCCAAACUGCUUGAAAUAUUCAUCAUCAACAACCUCACGCUGUUAUAGAUAUUCUCUCUCUCUCUCUCCCUCUCUCUCUCUCUCACACACACACACACACAGAUCCAGACAUGGCCGAAGAACACCGAUGCCAAGCUCCCGAAGGUCACAGACUCUGCUCCAACAACUGCGGUUUCUUUGGUAGCCCCGCCACCAUGAAUCUCUGUUCCAAAUGCUACAGAGACAUCCGUUUGAAGGAAGAAGAACAAGCCAAAACCAAAUCCACAAUCGAAACCGCUCUUUCAGGAUCUUCCUCCGCCACCGUCACCGCAACCGCCGUCGUUGCCUCCUCCGUGGAAUCCCCUUCGGCGCCGGUUGAAUCCCUCCCUCAACCACCGGUGCUGAUUUCGCCGGAUAUAGCCGCACCGGUUCAGGCGAACCGGUGCGGCGCGUGUAGGAAGCGCGUGGGGUUGACAGGGUUCAAGUGCAGGUGCGGAACAACGUUUUGUGGGAGCCACAGGUACCCCGAGAAACACGCGUGUGGCUUCGAUUUCAAGGCGGUGGGGAGAGAGGAGAUAGCACGGGCGAAUCCCGUGAUCAAAGGCGAGAAGCUACGGAGGAUUUAAUCUGCGCCGUUGGAUGAUCGAAGCGAUUAGGGUGAGUUGAUCAGGACCGUUCGUCGUGGACCGUUGAUACGAACCGAUUUCGAGCGUGUAAAAAAAAAAAAAUCUAUUAUUAUGACGACAUUGGGAAGGGUUGAAUAAGUCAUAUUUUGGUGGCUUUGGUUUGUGUUUGUGCAUUAAAAGUGGAAAAAUGUUAGGUCCACCCACGUUCGGAAAUUGAGGGGUUUAGAAUUGAAAUGAAAUGUAAAAAAGUUUAGUUUGAUUAUUUUUCUACGGCAUUUCUAUUUUUCUAGUGGGUGGCGCGUUUGCCAGAAAGGGAAAUUAUCGUCGGCAUUGUAUCCUGUCGUUCUCUCUUUAUCUCUUUCUUUUUGUUGUUGUUUGGAUUUUUGGUUGAAAAAUGAAUAUAGGUAAAAAAUCAA